AUGACAUCAUUUCUGCCUCCAGAGUGUUUAGAAAAAAUUUUUUUGAUUCUGUACAAUCCAUUAACCGCUUCUACUAACACCGCAACAAAAGAUAUACACGCCUGUACAUUGGUUUCUCGUUAUUGGUGUAAUGUUUCAACGCCACUCCUAUAUUCUUAUCCAUUUCAACAUUUCGCUAACUUAAAUAGUAAAUCUCAACAAAAAGAUGUUCAAGAUUAUUAUAAGUUAAUCAGAACAUUAUUAACUUGUAUUCCUCAAUCUGAAAUAGAAGAAAUUAUUAAUUCCAAAAUAUUACCCAAUGAACCUAUUUCUUUUUCGUUAAAAAGUUCACCAACCUUUGAUUACGGUACGUUUUUUCAUGGGUUACAAUUAGGUUCUAUAUUUUCGAAAGUUCAUAUUGACCAUGACAAAAUCUGGAUGCCCUCUUACAUUCCCACUGACACGAUUCCAAUUCGUUUGACUUUUGAAUUAUACUACUCAAUAAUCAAUCACCUUGUAAAAUAUCUAAGUGAAUUUUGUAAAAAUUUAACAAUAUUGGAGAUCAAACUAUUUACCUUUAAUGAUGAAAACGUUCAAAUUAAACUUAUGGAAACAUUGUUAAAUUCUUUUUUUGAUGAUUCCAAAGAAAACAAAUUAACCGGGUUGAAAAGUUUAUAUUUCGCAAUUUCUGGAAAUGCUGGAACUCAACUUAUGACUAAAGAAGUAUCAAAUUUAUCAAAAUUCUACGCUAAUCUUUCCUCAUUUACCAAAAACCUUGAAUCACUUCAUAACGGUAAAAUCAUUUCUCUUGAACAAGCUAAUGCACUAUCCUCACUAAUCUCUUCACAAAAGAGAUUAAAAUCUAUCACCUUAUCACAAGAAGAUUUUUUUUAUAGUUUUACUAGAACUCAUAAUAUUCAAGUAUUUGAAUUUUAUAAUGUCGUGUUUAAUACAUUAAGGACGCAAAGUGCUUGGUUGGAGAAAUUGGAAUUUACUUUGUUAUCUUUUCAAUAUCUCGAUCAAGAAUCUUUAGAUUCGCUAUGCUCACUUAAGAAUCUUAAAGAAUUGAAAAUAAUGAAGUGCAAAUUUCUUGAUAAAUUAAAGGUUUGGACGACACAUUCACAUUUGUCGGGGCUUCAAGUUCUUGAAUUUACACCAGAUAAUUAUACUCAAUUACAUGUUGACGGAGAUUGGUUAAAUAAAAUCUUUCAAUUUACUUCAAGUAGUUUAAAAAAAUUAAUACUAGAUUUUAAAAGAGAAAUCGAUCAAGGAUUCCAAUUAAUUAGACUAAUUUCCCUUCAUUUACAUUCUUUAAAUUAUUUAGUACUCCCAAAAUUAUAUCCGACCGAAUUGAUCACUAUAUUAAAAUCAUGUAUAGAAUUGGUUUAUCUUAGUACUGGGCUAUUAGAAGGUGGACAGUGGGAUCAAAAUUUACCAAGCAUAAGCAAAUUUAUUCCUAAUAGCGUAGAAAAAAUUCAAUUUAGAGAGAUACAUUUUUUGGUGGACAAUAGAACAUUUGAACUAUUUUUAAAAGGGUGUAUAAAUAAAGGUGUGAAAUUACAAUCUUUAGAAAUGACUGGGAAGAAAAAGUUGGAUCAAAAAUAUUAUGAUAUUGCAAAUCAAUUCGGUGUGAAAUUAAUUAGCUAG